UGAUAUUCAUAGUUAGAUCUUAUAUUCCGUUUUAAGUACAGUCUUAACAAGCAACGAACCAAUCAGAAAGCCAUAUUACCAUCUUAAGACAUUACUUGAGACAGUACUUGAAACGAAAACCGACUAUUAAUACCGCCCAAUGAAUGCUAAAGAUAGAAAGACACAAUAGCACAUUCUCCGAAGACAUAGUGGAAUCAGAAUUUUUUAACUCCAUAGAUAAUCCGAGAUGACUGAUAUUAAUAGUAUGACUAACAUGAUAUAUCAAACGGCAUUUAACUUUUUCUAUAUUGUAUCACUGUAAGUGGAGAGGCAGGCGACUAAGUGCCAAGUAAAAACAAGGUUAUACUAGCCUAAUUGUGCGAAUUUUAAAUUGCGUUAAAAAAACUUUUUAGUAUGGCACAUGUAAAUUCAUCUAUUCUAAGUACUUUAGAAAAUGGAAUUCAAAAAGUGGUACUUAAUAAACCCGCCAGAAAGAACGCGCUUUCACCUCAAAUGUAUAAAGAACUAAAAAUGCUUUUAAAUGAAUCUGCUGAAAACAACAAAGUAUUGAUAUUUGUACUGACAGCAAAUGGAGAUUUUUUUAGCAGUGGCAAUGAUAUAAGUGCCUCAAUGGAAUCUCUUUCGGUUUCUGUUAAUAUAGUUAAGGAAUUAAUUGAUGCUAUAAUUAUGUAUCCAAAGCUUUUAAUAGCUGUUGUGAAUGGACCAGCAAUAGGAAUAGCAACUACAAUAUUAGGAAUUUUUGAUAUAGUUUACGCUUCAGAUAAGGCAUAUUUUCAAACACCGUUCAGCUCUUUGGGUCUUGUUGCUGAAGGAUGUUCUUCAUAUACAUUCCCAAGAUUACUGGGACAUUCCAAAGCUGGAGAUAUGUUGUAUUUAGGAUACAAGAUGAAUGCUCAAGAAGCCAAACAACAUGGUUUGGUCAGUGAAGUGUACAAUCAUGACUCUCUUGAAGAAGUAUGGAAUUAUUUGAACAAGAUAUCGACACUUUCUUCACAGUCUAUAUUGGCGACUAAGCGAUUAGUGAGUAGAUGGAACAAAGAAAUUUUAUUAAAAGUUAAUGAGGAAGAAAUAGAAGAGUUGAAAAAACUAUUUGAAUCUCCUGAGCUAAUCCAAAGGAUGUUGAAUUUCUUGUCACGAAAAAAUAAGCUUUAAAAUACUUUACGUAUUUUUAAUAAAGCAAAGACUGCUUUAAUACAGCAAAAACUAAAUUUAAUACCUCAAAU